AUGGAAGAAGUAACAGUAGUGAUAAUAGGGGCUGGACCUUCUGGACUUGCAACUUCUGUAUGCCUAAACAACCUUUCCAUCCCUAAUGUAAUCUUGGAAAGAGAGGAUUGCCAUUCUUCUCUGUGGAAAAAAAGGUCUUAUGAUUGCCUUAAACUCCAUCUGGGAAAGGAAUUCUCUUUCCUUCCCUACAUGCCACAUCCAUCAACCACCCCAACCUUUAUGACUAAGAAUAGUUUCAUCCAAUAUAUGGAUGAAUAUGUAUCCCAUUUUAACCUUUGCCCAAGGUAUUGUAGGACAGUUGAAUCAGCUUUUUAUGACAAAGCCAGUGGACAAUGGAAUGUUGUUGCUAAGAACAAGGUGUCCAAUGAGGAUGAAGUAUAUCUAGCCAUGUUCUUGGUGGUGGCAACUGGGGAAAACAGCCAAGGUUAUAUCCCUGAGUUUCCUGGUCUAGACAGCUUUAGGGGGAGUUUUAUCCACUCUAGCCAAUACAAAUCAGGGAGAGAAUAUGUUGGUAAGGAUGUUUUGGUUGUUGGGUCUGGGAACUCUGGCAUGGAAAUUGCCUUCAAUCUUGCCUAUUUUGGAGCAAAAACAUCCAUAGUUGUUCAGAGUCCGGUUCAUGUUCUCUCUCGAGAGAUGGUGUAUUUGGGGAUGAAUCUAUUGAAGUUCCUUCCAAUGUUUUUCGUGGACAAUUUGGUGACCAUGCUUUCCAAAUUGCAGUAUGGGGACUUAUCAAGAUAUGGGAUUGUUAGACCUAAAAAGGGUCCAUUUCAUCUCAAACAAACCACUGGAAGAUCUCCUGUUUUAGAUGUUGGAACAAUGGAUUUGAUCGUGAAUAAAGAUAUCAAGGUUUUCCCAAGGAUUUCGAGAAUUGAAGGAACCAAUGUGACAUUUGAGAACGACAAAGUGUGGAAAUUUGAUGAUAUAAUUUUUGCCACUGGAUUCAAGACCACAAUCAAGGACUGGCUUGAGGUGGAUGGUGACCUCUUAAAUGAUAACGGGAUGCCUAAGACACCUUUUCCCAACCAAUGGAAAGGGAAGAAUGGUCUUUACUUUGCUGGGUUUUCAAGUAGAGGUCUUGCAGGGGUGUCCAUGGAUGCAGAGAACAUAGCUGAGGAUAUAAACAUGGCAUUUGGUCAAAUUAAGCUGCACCACGGAGGUCUAGAGGCCUUCUCCAGCUUCAAUGCAGUUAGGCUUCAACGGGCAGCGUCAAUUUCCGCCUUUGCAUCACCGGCAACCUUGGAGUUUUUUGGACUCUUUUCUGUUACAACCCAAAUACCCUCCAACGCCUUUGCAGCACCAGCAUUGGUAGCGUUAAUUCCUGCCUUUGCAGAACCGGUAACCUCUCGUGACGCCUUUGCCGGUAAGGGAGAUGGAGACAAUAACGGAGAUGCUUGGUGUUGGUCCUUGCAACAAUCACACCAUCGGUUUAGCAGUGAUGGGGCUCCUCGCGGUGGGUUUCUUGAUGCUAGCGACGUUAUUGUCUAUGCAGCGCAUGCAGGAUGCAGCAGGAUACAUGGGUCAGAAGAUGGAGAUGAUGACGGAGAAGGUGCUCCGCCUUUGCCGGCAACCUCUCGUGACUCCUUUACCGAUACGGAUCUGGGAUCUUUGCUCAGUGGCAUCGUGGUGGUGACACCACUCUUUGUAAUUUUCAGCCUGGUGUUGGUCCCUGCAACUAUCACCCAUCGGUUUAGCAGUGAUGGGGUUCCUCGCGGUGGGUUUCUUGAGGCUAGCGACGUCAUUGUCUAUGUCUUGGUUACUGAAGUACUUGUGUGGGACGGGAGGGACUAUGAAUGGGAAUUCGGAUUACGUGAAGCAGCGCAUGCAGGAUGCAGCAGGAUACAUGGGUAA